AUUUGAAUCAAUCGAAGAAAAGAGCAGUCUUGAUUCAUAUGGAGGUAAAAGAGCACCUUCCCGUUGCCGUCGCCGCUAAAGCUCGGAUUCGAACGAAAGUGGUCGCCGACGGAGUGUCGACGGGCUGCGGUAACCUCACCGGCUUCCACGCCGGCUAUUUCCGCAUCAGUCUCUCGCUCUGCGCCCAGGCCUUGCUCUGGAAGACACUCAGCGAGCCUAGCGGGGGCGCCGCCGGCGGCUCGCACGCCCUGCGGCACCUCGCCCGCUCGGUGCCGGCGGCCGCCCACUUGCUGCUCUGGUCGGUGGCGCUGGCGGUGCUGGCGGCGCUGUGCUUUCUGUACGCGCUCCGCUGCGCUCUGCGGCCGCGCCACGUGGCCGCAGAGUUCUCACACCACGUGGGCGUCAACUACCUCUUCGCCCCCUGGAUUUCCUGGCUUCUCUUGCUGCAGGCGGCGCCGCCUGCCGCUGCUCCCCUGUCUCGCGCCCUGUGGUGGGCCUUCGUGGCGCCCAUCUUGAUGCUGGACGUCAAGAUCUACGGCCAGUGGUUCACCGACGGGAAGCGGUUCCUGUCGCUGGCGGCGAACCCGACGAGCCAGAUGACGGUGGUGGGGAACCUGGUGGGGGCGCAGGCGGCGGCGCGCAUGGGGUGGCCGGAGGCCGCCACCUGCAUGUUCUCCCUGGGGAUGGUCCACUACCUCGUCCUCUUUGUCACCCUCUACCAGCGCUUCGUCGGCAGCACCAGCCUCCCGGCGAUUCUCCGCCCCGCGUUCUUCCUCUUCAGCGCCGCGUCCAGCAUGGCCAGCUUGGCAUGGGACUCCAUCGCCGGAAAAUUCGACCUCGGCUCCAGGAUGCUCUUCUACCUCUCCCUCUUCCUCUUGGCUUCCUUGGUGUCGAGGCCGGCCCUGUUCCGGAGGGCGAUGCGGCGGUUCAACCUGGCGUGGUGGGCGUACUCGUUCCCGUUGACGAUGCUGGCGCUGGCGGCGACGGAGUACGAGCAGGAGGUGAAGGGCGGCGUCGCCGACGCACUCAUGCUCUUCCUCUCCGCCCUCUCUGUUCUCGUCAUCACUGUACUCGUCGUCUUCACCGUCUUAAAGGCCGGCGAUCUUUUCCCCAACGGCGACGACCCCUUCGCGCCGCCGCCGCCGCCGCCGCCGCUUGGGUCGUCCAAUCAUUCGUCCCGCUUUGAAGUCGCAUGCUAAUAAUUUAACGAAAUUAAAGUACCGAUUAAUUGCAUGAUUAUUAGCUAAAAAUAAGUGAUUAGCCAAAAAUAAGUGAUUAGGAGUAGUGUACGGAUGAGAACUUUUACGUCGUGAUUGGCCACCUAAACUGGGACACACUUGCCAAGCAGGCUUGGGCCGUAUGUAUGUUUGGGAUUGGGCCCAAUUGCAGCCCAGCACAAAUUAUAUUUUAUUAUUAUUAUUUUUCCA